GGAGCCGGACUGCAGCCGCCUGGGUGGCGCCACCGAGACCCCCGGGUGUUCGCAGGUCCCGGCGCUCCGGCUGCGACUCCCGCAGCAUCCACGGCAGCGGCUCCAGCAUCCCCGGGAACCCGAGACUCUCCGGUCGUGCACAACCAGCGGACGCCACCACCAUGAGUGCGGGGCCGCGUUGGCCAGCACCCGGCAGCUUGCCUGCGCUCUGCGCCUCGCUGCUCUUGCUGGGUCUGCAGCCGCCACCCGUGCGCACCGAGGGGAAACUCUUCCUGCUGGAGUCUCAGAACGGCUCUCAGGGCCUGGACCUGGAGGCAGCUCGGCUCUCCUGCAGGAGCAGGGGUGCCCACCUGGUGUCUGCUGGGGAGCUGAAGAGGGUGGUCCAAGACUGUGCCUUCGCAGUGUGCACGACAGGCUGGCUGGCUGACGGCACCCUUGGGACAACCGUGUGCAGCAAAGGGGGCGGUGAAGAGCCAAUCGCGAGAGCUGUCGACGUGAGAAUUGACAGCCACCCUGUUCCCGGUGCCAAGUACAACGCCCUUUGUAUUAAGGAUGAAGAGAGGCCAUGUGGAGACCCACCGUCCUUCCCACACACCAUCCUCCAGGGUCGCACAGGCUUGGAGAUGGGGGACGAGCUGCUGUAUGUGUGUGCACCAGGCUCUGUCCCAGGCCGUCGAGAGACUGCCUUCACCUUGCUGUGCAACAGCUGUGGGGAGUGGUACGGACUGGUACAAGCCUGCGGGAAAGAUGAGGCCGAGGCCCACAUUGACUAUGAAGACAAUUUCCCAGAUGACAGAUCUGUGUCACUCAGGGAACUCAUGGAAGACUCCCGGGCAGAGGGAGACGAGGAAAAGGCUCAGGAGGACGCCUCUGAAGAGACACCAAAACAAGACCGUCUGGUCUUCACCUCUGUGUCUAAAGAAAACAUAGCCCAGGAAAAAGCCUUUGCGCCAACCACAGGCUUGCCCGGCGCUGGGAGCAGGGUCCACACAGACUGGCCCAGAUCCCGCCUAAACAGGAAGUACUCACUCUGGUUUCCGGCUGAGACGUUCCACAAGUCAGAGCUGGAAAAGGAGGUGGAGGAUGAGACCAAAGAUCCACUUCCUGCUGGAGAAAAUCACAGCGAAGGAAAACUGGUCCCAGGGGAGUCUGAAACCAGGCUGGUCUAUGCUACCACCUACAGCCCCUCGGAGCCGUUUGUGGCUCGGAACGACAGCAAAGCAGAGGGCCCGGUGGUGAGCAGCAGUGAUGACUCUUGGUUAGAUGGUUACCCUGUGACCGAUGGGGCCUGGAGGAAGGUGGAGGCAGAGCGGGAGGAUGGUGGGUCAGUGGGACUGGACGAAAGUGUUCUCAUGACCCCCGACCAGCCUACUGGGAAAGUUAAGGUGCAGAAGAAUGCCACCGUCACCACAAGCGAGUCUGUGAUACACAGUUCGAUUGUUCCGUCUCAAAUGCUGGAUGUAGAGGCCCUGGUUCCAGGACCCAUGGAUGUGACUGAGACUGAGGGUCCCCACACUGGCGAUGGUGACUUGACCAAGUACCAAUCAACUAUACCUCGGAGAGUCACCACAGAGCGGUCACCCAUGGCCACCUUACCCUAUGAACUCACCACCUCCACCCAAGAGACGGUACCAACAACUCUGCAACAUACACUUAAACUAAACCCCUCGGUUAGUGUGGAGGCCACCCAGCCUCCAGCAGAGGUCACAGCUCCUGAGGUUCAGGACAACUUCCCAUACCUACUGUCUGAGGACUUCUUGGGACAGGAGGGUCCUGGGCCUGGUGCGAAUGAGAAGUUUCUUCCAACCUUGGCACCAUGUGUGGGGAACGAGUGUCCCAACUUAAGGAGAGGCCCAGUGAUCGCCAUCAUUGUCACUGUCCUGUGCCUACUUUUGCUCCUGGCGGUGGUGGGGGCUGUGUGGGGCUACCGCAGGUACCAACACAAGAGCUCUGUAUACAAGCUGAACGUAGGACAGCGGCAGGCUAGACACUACCACCAGCAGAUCGAGAUGGAGAAGGUCUAGCCUCUGUCAGCACGGCUUCUCACGAAGCCGCCCGGAGGAAGGCUAACUGUGAAGCAUCACACUGAUAAUUCUCAGGAUCGAAGGUGGAAAAGGUUCACCCUCUAAAGUUUAAGUCUUCCUUCUAUACGCUGAGAAGUGUCUCUGGAGACACCUAGAGAGCGGAAAGGGUCUGGUGGAGUCCUCCUCAACCGUGCUCCCUGGAAUUGGUGGCGUCCUCCUCAACCGUGCUCCCUGGAAUUCACUGCCCAAAUCACAGACCUCUGCUUUGGCCCUGUUCCAAUGUAAGGUUGGGUUGUUAUUUAAAUCACCUUUUGUUUCUAUCA